AUGGGGACCAACGUUGAGUCCAAAAACGAUACAUUGGCGAGGACAUGGCUGCCUGAUGAGCCAUACAAUGUGUUUCCACAAGGAGCUCAAGCUGUGAAAGUUUCUUAUAUCAGGCUUGAUAAACGGAUUACUCGGUUCAUUGCUCCUGAUUUAGUUUACGAAACCGCGAAAAGGAUGACACCCGAGGCGUAUCAGACGAUGGAGCCGAAUUUCAAUCUCACUUGGACAGUGAAAGUCGAUGCAGGAUACUCGUAUCUCAUAAGGAUGCACUUUGUGACAUUCUGGUGGCUUGGCCACUCCGUAUUACAUGGAUUUCGUGCUCAAGCGUCGGUCAUCACGAACAAUUCCAUCCUGGUUCAAGUCGGUCCAUCCUCGAAUGGUGGCCUACCUGAUGCAAUCCUCAAUGGCUUGGAGAUCAUGAAGCUGAGCAACUUUGCUGGUAGUUGGAUGGGCUCUGUAUGGCCUUCUUCGCCAUGUUCUUCCUCGGAAUUGUUUGUAUCCGGUGGAGAAAACGGCCUUGCAAUUGGCAAAAACAGAAGAGCUUCUCGUCGUGGCUUUUACCGGUCCAUGGAGGGAACGGUGGUUGGUGUCGGUGGUUCGGGAAAGUGUCCUUGGACCCUAGAAGACGGAACCAAGGUCGCAAUAAAACGAGGAAACCAGGGAUCCGAACAAGGCAUAGACGAAUUCAAUACCGAAAUACAAAUGCUUUCAAAGCUUAGGCAUCGCCAUCUCGUGUCACUUAUAGGAUUUUGUGACGAGGAAUCGGAGAUGAUCCUGGUUUACGAGUACAUGGCCAAUGGUCCGCUCCGCGACCAUCUCUAUGGUUCGAAUGACAAACCGACUCUGUCCUGGAAACAAAGGCUCGAUAUCUGCAUUGGUGCAGCGCGAGGAUUGCAUUAUCUCCACACGGUGCAGCACAAGGGAUCAUCCACCGCGACGUAA